GAGCGCUCCUUACAGCAGUUGUAAGAUUUGCAUCUGUACUGCUGCUCGACGCUUCUACUUCAGCUUUCACAGCUUUAUUUUAAUAUUUAACGAUCACUAAUUUAUUAGCCAUCUUUGUAGAGUUCUACUAAAAUUCAAGGAGAAUGGCGUCACUGCAGAACCGCGGGAAUCAUAAGCAGCAUCGAGCACUCGGUAACGCGAAGCCUGCCAUUCGUCCUGGUCUUCAGAAUGCUACCAACAAAAUUCUCCUAGCUGGUCCCGAGAAAAAGAUUGCUACGAACCUGCAGAAGAAGCCGAAGUUGCAGAAUGAGAAUGAGGCCAAAUCCAAGCAGCCAGCGCAAUCCCGACUGCCCACGUUGUCCUCGCUGCGCCAGAACAUCACGCUGGAGAAACGACAGAAGAUGCUGCAGGAUGUUGUGCGGACUGGCGGAAAAGAGCAUGGGUUCAUGACGUACAAAGAGCGACCGGAGGACGUCCCGGACAUCUAUGCGGAACAUGUGGGAAACGAAGCGCUGGUGGUGGCCUACGUGGAGCAUAUCUACACUUACCUGUACCACCGUGAGCGAUAUUCACUGUUGGCGAAAGACUUCAUGGAUGGGAUGUCGGUUAAUCCGCGGAUGCGCACCAUCCUUGUGGACUGGAUUGUCAGCGUGAUGCACAAAUUCAAGCAGGGCCAGGAUACGCUUUUCUUAACGCUGAACAUCGUCGAUCGCUUCCUUUCUAUCCCGGAAAUCGAUGUAACGAAGGAUGAACUGCAGCUGAUCGGAGUGACCGCCAUGUUCAUCGCCGGGAAGUUCGAGGAAGUUUAUCCGCCGGAAGUGGGGGAUUAUGUGUACAUCUCGGAUGAGGCGUGCUCGCGCAAGCAGAUUCUGGACUGUGAGAUGAUGAUGGUCAACGCGUUGAACUUCGAUUUCACUCGCCCCUUACCCGUGCAUUUUCUUCACCGCGUCUGUAAAGCUGCACAUGCCAAACCGGACGAGUAUUGCUUGGCUAAAUUCUUCAUGGAACUGGCGCUGAUGCAUAUUGAGUUUGUGGAGGUGAAGCCGUCACUGGUAGCAGCUGCAGCGGUGUAUUUGGCUGUCCUGUUCCGUCGUCGGUCCCAUGAUUUCUGGGAUUCGAAAUUGGCUUAUUACAGCAAUUACGAAGAAGGCGAGGUGAAACAGAUGGCUUUCAAGAUGGUGGACGUUCUGAAACAAGCCCGAACAGCCAAGUGGCAGUGUAUCAUUAAGAAGUACGACACACCGAAGAAUUUUGGAGCAUCCAAGAUAACCGACCUGGAGCUGGAUGAAGUGGCGAAACAUUUCGGACGAAGCUUGGAAGAUUUGGACGUUCACUAGGAUGCCCCAUGGUGUUUAAUGAUUAUUCGCUCUGGAUUGCUUUGCAGCUGAUGAUUAUGUGGUUAAUCCUUGCCCGUUGUACUCAUAAAUUUUUCUCUCCUUUUGUCUAUGAUGUUUUUUCUGUGACUGUGGAAUGCAUCCCGCGUGUUUGAUGCCUCUAGUUUACUGCCUUAUUUUGAUAGUUUUAUAGUUGUCUUUUCUGAUUUGGCCAUUUUGGGUGGAUUUUUCCAUCAUACUUGCCUGCCGUGAUCCUGUUGGCACUGGCUUUCCACAGUGUUUGAAUCACAAACCAAAUUUGCGUGCGUUUUUCUAUUGUAUUUUUAUACACGCUUGG